UUGCCGCGCAGGCGUCGCGAUAGUCCCGUACAGGCUCUCGCGUCACCUUUAGCACAGUUUCCGCUCUAGCGACGGUUCUCGGAGAGAAGAGGCGUCCAAGAUGCACAGAGCUAUUAACAAAUCGGCUUUCAGACAGCUAAGUGGUCUCCUCCGAAGGUGUCAAAGUACUCUGGUUGUGGCAGAGCACAACAAUGAGAAGUUAACUCCCAUUACACUCAGUGCCAUCACUGCAGCCAAUAAACUUGGAGAAGAAGUGUCUUGUCUGGUUGCUGGAACAGACUGCUCGAAGAUUGUGGAGGAGAUCAGUCAGGUACAGGGGGUGAAAAAAAUUCUGGUUGCACAAAGUGAUUCUUACAAAGGUGCUCUGCCAGAGGAGUUAACUCCACUUGUCUUGGCAACACAGCAGCAGUUCAACUUCACCCACAUAUGUGCUGGCGCAUCUGCUUUUGGAAAGAACCUGCUCCCCAGAGUGGCUGCUAAGUUGGAUGUUGCCCCAAUUUCAGACAUCAUUGAGAUCAAGUCCCCAGACACCUUUGUCAGAACCAUCUAUGCUGGAAAUGCCCUCAGUACUGUGAAAUGUAACGAGAACAUCAAGAUCUUCACGGUCAGGGGGACAUCCUUUGAGCCUGCUUCAGUGGAGGGAGGCAGGGCCACAUCAGAAGAUGUGGCUGCACAAUCACCUGUUGGACAAUCUGAGUGGCUGGAACAGAGUCUUACCAAGAGUGACCGUCCAGAGUUGACCAGUGCUAAGGUUGUUGUGUCAGGAGGAAGGGGCUUGAAGAGUGGCGAUAACUUCAAGCUGCUGUAUGACCUUGCUGACAAAAUGAAUGCUGCAGUUGGUGCAUCCAGAGCUGCAGUGGAUGCUGGGUACGUCCCUAAUGAUAUGCAGGUUGGACAAACGGGGAAGAUAGUCGCACCAGAGCUGUACAUUGCUGUUGGUAUCUCUGGAGCCAUUCAACAUCUGGCUGGGAUGAAAGACAGCAAGACUAUUGUUGCUAUCAACAAGGACCCAGAGGCUCCCAUUUUCCAAGUGGCGGACUAUGGCUUGGUAGCUGAUCUCUUUAAGGCUGUCCCUGAGAUGACUGAGGCGCUGAACAAGUAAAGUGGAAGACGAUCCCAUCGAGCUUCAAGCCCACACAUUGAACCAGGGAAACUAGACUGGAACCACUGGGGAACCCCUCAUGCAACCUCUGCCUUAAAGACUUCUUGCAGUCUUGUGAACAGAGUGCAGGAACUGCGCUCUCAUCAUCCUUUGCCAUGGCUGCAACACAGAACAAUUUGCAUUUUACAGAUAACGGUCAGUUUUGAUUUGCCUAAGUGUAAAAUGUCUCUGGUUUUGCGUACCUUUUAGCAAGAGCAGGUUUUAUAUCCAUCUGGCAACACAGGUUUUGUAAAUUAGCAUUUGAUUUUAUGGCACAGUGAAAGUUAGCUCUGAACCCGACUGUGAUGAAGAUGGUUGUUCAUGCCGAAUCUGAGGUCUUGUACUUCAUCUGAGAUGAUUAAGAGAAGUUGUAUAUUAAACUUAAAACUAAUAGUA